AAUCUGUUUUUUUUUAUUAUUAUUAUUACUCUUUUACUUUUCAUUCACGUAUAUAUAAAUAAAAUCUCAAUUAUAUCUCUAUAUAAGAAGAAAAAGAUAAAUAAUUUUUUAAAACGAGUAUUCACCGCCCAAUAAAAUUUAGUUUUUCUAUUAGUCUUGUCUUUUGACAUGGUACUUUAGUCUUUUCCUUUUAGUUUUUUUUUUGGUUCGAGUCUUGUCUUUUGACAUAGGUUGUGUAACUCAAAAUUAUCGUGGUGUUAUGGUAGAAGCAUUCAAAAAGGAGAAGAUUGGAUGUGUUCAACCCAAAAUUGCUGAGAUAAUAGGUAUUGAAGAAACAUUGAAUUGGAUUGCAACUCAUUCGUGGGAUAGAGUCAUGUUAAAAACAGAUAGCUUGAUGUGUGUCCAAGCGGUUCAGAGCGGUAUUUUAUGCCUUUACAAUUUGUGUUUUGUAAAACAAUCUGCAAAUAAGUUGGCUCAUUGCUUGGCAAAAAAUUCUUAUUUCUUUACAGGUCGUGUACUUCAGUUGGAGGAUUAUUCCUCUGAAGUGCGUUCUAUUAUUUUGAACGAAUUUAUUAAUUUAUAGAUCUUAUUAUACAUACACAAAAACUCGUCCUCAUUUGGCAGACAUAGAUUAAUCUCAUUAUAUAUUUAAUACAAUAUAAUUGGUACAAACAAGCCACAAAAUAAACAUAUAUGUACAAUUCACUUCAUCAAAUUUUAUAUUAGAGCCUCUACAUACUCAAAUUUUAUAGGUAGCAAAUAAUAAUGUGUGGAUGUGUUUGGAUCAAAGGUGGUGGACUCAGUCUCUCAUUCCUCCUCAACUCUCUCAAUUAUACCGAAUCUCAUUCUCUCUAUAAUAAUAACCCCAACAUUAUUUAAUCCAAAUCACUUUAUUACUAUUCAUUUAUUCUCUAUAAUCAGAUACAAUGCAUUCUCCAUCUCCUAUUAUCAAGAGCUCUCUUAUUGAGCCCGAUGGGGGUGAGCUUGUAAAUCUUGUGGUCCCUGAGAUUGAAAGGGCUUCAAGGGUCCUAGAAGCUCAGGCUCUACCCAAGGUGAGUCUCACUAAGAUUGAUUUGGAAUGGGCUCAUGUGAUCAGUGAAGGAUGGGCUAGCCCAUUAAAGGGUUUCAUGAGAGAAAAUGAGUAUUUACAAAGCUUGCAUUUCAAUUCACUUAAAACCACCAAAAAUGGGUCAUCAAUAGUGGUGAAUAUGUCACUUCCUAUUGUGUUAGCCAUUGAUGAUGAGACAAAAGAGAGAAUUGGGUGUUCCACCCAUGUGGGGUUAUUAAGUCCCAACAAGGUUUUGAUUGGUAUACUUAGAGGAAUUGAGAUAUACAAGCAUAACAAAGAAGAGAGAAUAGCAAGAACAUGGGGGACCACAGUUGAUGGAUUGCCAUAUGUUGAUGAGGCUAUUAGUAAAGGUGGAAAUUGGCUUAUUGGUGGAGAUUUAGAAGUGUUUGAGCCCAUAAAAUACAAUGAUGGGCUUGAUGAUUACAGAUUGUCUCCUCAAGAAUUGAGGAAUGAAUUUGAGAGGCGUGAGGCUGAUGCAGUGUUUGCUUUUCAAUUAAGGAAUCCUGUUCAUAAUGGACAUGCUCUGUUAAUGAAUGACACAAGAAGAAGCCUAUUGGAAAUGGGGUACAAUAACCCAAUCUUAUUGCUUCAUCCUUUGGGAGGUUUCACUAAGGUUGAUGAUGUGCCACUUCAUGUUCGAAUGGAACAACAUACCAAGGUAUUGGAAGAUGGAAUUCUUGAUCCCAAAACGACAAUAGUGGCUAUAUUUCCAUCUCCCAUGCAUUAUGCAGGUCCCACAGAAGUUCAAUGGCAUGCAAAAGCAAGAAUAAAUGGUGGAGCUAAUUUUUACAUUGUGGGCAGAGAUCCAGCUGGUAUGCCUCACCCAACACAAAACAGAGACUUGUAUGAUCCUGAUCAUGGUAAGAAACUCCUAAGCAUGGCUCCUGGACUUGACAAACUACAUAUAUUGCCAUUCAGAGUGGCAGCAUAUGAUAUUGUGCAUAAGAAAAUGGCUUUUUUCGACCCUUCAAGGGCUAAAGAAUUUGAGUUUAUCUCUGGAACAAAGAUGAGGAGUUAUGCCAAGAAUGGUGAGAACCCACCAGAGGGUUUUAUGUCCCCUAGUGGAUGGGGUGUUCUUGCCAAUUAUUACCAAACAUUGCAAACUGAAGAUUGUUAACUAAGCCUUGAAAGUACUAGAAAAUGUGAGUUGAUCAAGGGAAAUUUGAUUAAUUCAUACUUACAUUAUUAGGUUCUUUCUCUCUUUUUCUCUCUCCCCACUGUAUCCCUCCCAUCCUUUUUCUUUCUUUCUCUCUUAUGAUAUUAGUUGAGGAAUGAUUAAAGAAAGUUUGAAGAUUAAAACCAAGCAUUUUGGUUCAUUUUGAAGAAAAUAAAUGGGUGGUAAUUUUUCUUAAA